AUGAAUCGAGCAAUACAGGUGAAACCAGCAGAUAGUGAAAACAGAGGAGAUCGAAAGCUGUUCGUGGGGAUGCUUAGCAAGCAACAGACGGAAGAGGAUGUACGCCAGUUGUUUACUCCGUUCGGGAGUAUAGAGGAGUGCUCGAUACUCCGCGGCCCGGACGGAUCCAGUAAAGGUUGCGCCUUCGUCAAGUUCAGUUCGCACCAGGAAGCGCAGCAAGCGAUCACACAGCUGCACGGAAGUCAGACUAUGCCGGGAGCCUCUUCUAGCUUAGUGGUAAAGUUCGCGGACACUGAGAAGGAAAGACAACUGCGACGCAUGCAACAAAUGGCUGGCAACAUGAGUCUCCUGAACCCCUUCGUUUUCAACCAGUUCGGGACCUACGGCACGUAUGCUCAAGUCAUCACUGAACAGCAACAAGCAGCGCUGAUGGUAGCAGCGACUGCGCAGGGCUACAUAAGCCCCAUGACUGCGCUCGCGUCCCAUGCUCUUAACGGAAUGGCUAAUUCUGUGGUGCCACCUUCUUCGGACAACUUCACGGGUCUCGCCAUAGGCACGGGCGGGGGGCAGCCGCUGAACGGUGCGCUCCCGUCGCUACCGUCGCCCACAAUGCCCGGAUUCAACAUGGCUGCGCAGACCGCUAACGGCCAGCCGCCGCCGCAGGAGGCGGUCUACACCAACGGGAUACACCAGACUUUUACUGGACCGGUGCCGGUGACAGCGCAAGGUCUGCCGAAUGGAGAAGCCGCGCUGCAGCACGCGGCGUACCCCGGUAUGCAGCCCUUCCCGGGAGUCGCUUACCCAGCGGUAUAUGGACAGUAUCCGCAGCCGAUUCCACCGCCGAUGUCGACUAUUGCGCCGGCGCAGAGAGAAGAUUUUCUUAUGUUCCCAGGAUGUUCCAUCUCAGGGCCCGAGGGCUGCAAUUUGUUCAUCUACCACUUGCCGCAGGAGUUUGGUGAUGCGGAACUGAUGCAAAUGUUCCUGCCGUUCGGAAAUGUUAUUAGCAGCAAGGUUUUUAUCGACCGCGCUACUAAUCAGAGCAAAUGUUUCGGGUUUGUUUCAUUCGACAAUCCGGCGUCAGCGCAAGCAGCCAUCCAGGCCAUGAACGGUUUCCAGAUCGGCAUGAAGCGGCUGAAGGUCCAGCUGAAGCGGCCCAAGGACGCCAACCGGCCUUACUAACACGAGAUCUCGUUCUUGCGCGCCUGCCCACAACCACCAAGGGCAUCGUUCGGCCACUACCGGCCGCGGCGCGCGAGUUCACGGAGCGUGAACCAUUUCAAUGAAUUUAACAGACAACUGUAUAGUAAAUAUCAGUAACAUCUUACUAAACUACAAGCCUGCACGGCGAGUAUACUAUAUUAGUUAAAAAUAAUUAUCUAUCGAUCAGCGCGUAGAAAGCUUCAUUCUUAUCAUUAUCGAUUAAUCAUUAAAUUACUCUAUUAUAUUAUUAUAUACAAUUUAUUAACUUUGAUUAAAUUAUUAUUAUUAUUAAAAAUGACACGUUAUAAGAUUAUGUCAUUUGUAAUCAUACUUCUACUUCUAAGUACUUAAACGUUUAACUGAAACUUUUAACAUAAAUUUAUUACACUAGUUAUUUGCUUGAACUAAGCCAAACUGAAUUUAUUAAGUAAGUUGAAAAUGUAAGAAAAAAUGUAUUUUAAUUAUUGUAUAUUGCGUAGUCGUAACGGGUCGGGCGCGUGUCUUUGAACUGUUGUUUUGUUCGUAGCAUAGAUGGCGCUGUUCCCAACGCGCGUUCCGUUCUACGUUCCGUUAGCCGUAGGUUAAGCAAAGAUUCGUCGCCGACCCACGCGUGCACUGUUAUCUCCUUGCAUAAAAAUGAUCGCAUUAAUUAAGUACCGGUAUAUACCAUUAUGGGAAUAUAAUAUCGUAUAUUUUGUUAUAUUUAUUGUGUGUGAGUGUCUGUUAAGCUAUCACGCUAGGCUAUACCAUAACACUGGGGCACUCGAACACGCAAAUGCCAAAGAAAAAUACCGACCAUAGACAACACAUAUAUAGACAACCUAAGAUCUCAAUCGGAUUGUAUAAUAAAUUCUUUCGUAUAUUUAAUCCACCUUCUAAAAAUGUGCAGGUGACUAAAAGAAACAUUUGGUCGAAGUUUCAAAAAUCAGCCAUUUAUUCUCUUUAACAGUAAUAAUUAACACUGAUAAAAGUCGUGCUCAAAGAGAGGGACGAAAUUGAAAAUCAGACUCAAUUAUCACCAACCGAAAGUGUUCAAAUUGUGUCUUUCAAACAAUUUACGGGUUAACAAAAUUGUAAAUACGAAUAAGAAUAGUAGUAGAACAGCUUUAACUCGAGUAACGUAGUUCGUCAUAGUCACUUGUGGUAAGCCUAGCGACCCAAACCUACAUGUUAGUGAAUGUUAAUAAUAUUAACGAAUUGUGGCAUUGUUGUUAACAUAAAGUUGUUGUAAUAACGCUGUGUACAAAUGAAAGUGCACUUCAACAUGAGACACAAUAUGGCCUUCGUUUCAAAACGUUUAUGUGUUAUAAAUUCCAAAUGGGCUGUGAUAUAAAAACUAAUAUAUCAACUAAUGGAUUGUACAGGCCGUUGUAAAUGCAUAUUUUAUGUUUUGCUCUGUUAUCGCACACACACUACUUGUAGAUAUACAAAAUAACGAACGCAUUCAGAUUCCUACUAUGUAUAUGUAUAUACUAUUCGCAUUGACAAUAACGAAAAUUAUUUAACGAUCGAAGUGCCCUUGUAAGAGUGGACCGAUUUAGAACAUUGUAGAUAGCCUUCAAUGUAUUAGUCAAAAAUACCUCAACAUCGGGGAAAAUUCUUACAAGCUGCAACAUCGAUCUCUAUAGAUACUGUACGGUUCGGAGUUGCAAUAUAUAAAUAUUUAUUUGUGCACGCCAAGUGUGUGAGCGAUCAUUCGCGUGACGUCAAUUCGAGAGGAGCGCUUCUUCAAUGUUAUUUUAUGGAUGUGUGUAACGUGUACCUAUACAUUAUCAUAUAUAAAGAAUCGGUGUUAAGAUGUUAAAUACAAUUGUGAAUCACGUCCGGGGAGAUAACAGUGUGUAGAGCGGAAUACAAAACUAGUGUUAUUUCUACUGAAAAUAGAUUCAUAAUCAAAAUGUACCAAUAUACUGAGAUACCUUAGAUGUAAACGUGCGCGCGGGCUGAACCGUGCCCCGGUGAGCCGCUGUUGCAAGUUUCACGAAACAGCUCAAAAAUGCUAAACUGCGUACCACGUGUACCACAGAGUUUAUAGACAUUUUUGAUAGCUGUAUAAAUGUAAAUAAAAUUAAUAUUAUGGAUAGUGUCUUUGAAAACACUAAGUUUUGAAUACUAACGCUAAAUACCAAAUAUUUUUAAAAGAAACUUAAUUGUAAUUGACGUUAUGUAUGACGAGGUACUUGAGCCCCCAUCGAGUAUGAUGCAGAAAUGAGUGCUAAACAAAUAACGUUAAUUUUCCUUGACAUUUAUCGGUUACGCAAUUUAGCGAGAAGCAUAUUAUAAGUAACUUUAUGAACUGAAGAGGAAUCCUAUAAAUAUAGAACAAAAUAGCAUAAAGUUCAGCUUGACUAGAAGAGUCACUCAAUUUAAGCUAUAUCAAGAAUAAAUGCUAAAUUAAAUAAUGCUUUCUUGUCUAAAACCGUAAAUUUCCGUCCGCUUAUGUAUAACGCAUAAAUAAAUUCCUUCUUUCAUCAGAGUAAAUUAAUAAUAUAGAUAAUUAUUUCUGCAUAAUACUAUUUAAGUGUUUGGGCUCUAUGACAUAAACAUACGAUCGAUUGGGAAAUAUUUCAUUGGGACAAUGUGGAUGCAACCAACGCAAGCACAUAAUGAUUACUCUUUCAUUGAUUUUCAACGAUUAGAAAAGUGAAUUUUAUUAAGAGAAAUCUUCCGUGUGUUUGUGUCACAACAGUACUGCGUGCGGUAGCGAGGAAAUGCCGCCGCCCGCCUCUAGUCAAAUAUUCAUUCAUCACAAACAUAGAUUUUUAUAUUUACACAAAAUAAUUAUUAUAUUAUUAUAUUGAUAUAGUAUUCUAGGUUUAGGCGUUUAUUAUUUAACGAAUAAGCUGUAUUGUGGUAGUAUUUCGUAUUAGCCGACUAGUUUCGAUAUGAUGUAUAAUUUAAUAAUAAAAACAUUAGUAAUAUAUCCAUUUAAAUCAUAUGAUACAAUCAUACCGCUUUAGCAAAUAAAAUAGCUAGCGAAUUAGCAUUCAAUACAUAGUACAGAACAUAAUAACCAAAAUUUAUAUAACAUAUUAAAAUUGGUCGGUUUAUACGAUAUCCUUCCGAGCGCGACAAUGCGACAAAAUAAAAUACAAUUAAUAUGUAAAUGUAGAUAUUCUAGUUCUUUUAAAAUUACUCAUAUUAGUGCAAUACGUUGUUAAGCUUUUUAAAUUGUUUUAAGCGUUCUUAUUUAUUCUAAAGCUAUUUUAUUUAUUACUUUGAUAUUUCUGUUAAUGUUUUCUAUUAUUCGACGUGGUCUCGUAUCGCAUUACGGCGGAAUCGACCUCUAUGGCCACUUUAUACGACACGAUUUGGAGCGUGUGAAGUUUUACGUUCGACGUUGGGGGUGACAGUGAAGAUUCAAAUCGUGAAAUACUUGGUCGAGCUCGAGUCAAGGUGUUGUGGAGUGCAACUGACGCGGCGGCGGGUGCUCUUGUUAUACGACUCGCGUUCCCGCCACCCAGGUCACUUUAUAAUAUAUCUGAACAAAAUGAUGCCAAAUCGGAAAGUAUACUUAGUAAGUAAUGAUUAUAUCAAUAUCACCUCGUGGAUAAGGUAGCAGUAACGGGCUCGACGACUCGCCGUGUAGCGACGCGUUUGUUACGGUUAUUAACUGUACUUUAUAAUAUUUAUAUUGAUUAAAAUUUAAAUCCUCUAAAUAUAUAUGCUAUAAUGCAUAAAUUUGUAAUAGUAUAAAGUGUGUCCUUUCUGAAUAUAUAAACGAUCGCCCGUAAAGUGAUUCUAGGAUACAGGGUAUGCUUUGCAAUUAAAUGUAUCUAAAUGUUUUUCAUGUAGGCAAAUGUCGCCGAGAUUAAACUUUGGUCCUUGUUCUUUGACUGUUUCCGAGGCCACGGAAUAGAUAUCGAUCUAUAGACAAUCACUUAGUAUUGAACACGUUAUAAUGUAUGAUAUAUGAUGUUGACUGGACGCAAGUCACGCAUCGGCCUCCCGGCGGCGGCGCCCGCGCCGCUUCACUUUCGGGUCCACUGUAGUCUGUCGCGAAUUUUUAUACUCUCUCGUAAAUAUUGUAGCGUAACAAAUCCUUAUUAUCCUCGCGACUUUAUGGACUUGCUUCUCGAUAGUGCGCUCACCUCAUCCUUAAAAUUAAUCUUGCGUUUACAUUGUAUCCUGACUCUCAUAUUUGUAUUUGUAAUUUAUAUAUUUAUCGUCGAACUCUAAGAUAGUUAAUUCCGUCUAUAACGUAGUGACUCUCGACACGCAAGAGCGAUUCAUCUGUCGAUAUGAGUUUAUUCUGUAAACUAACAAAUAUAUUACAAUGAAACCCAGUUGUUUAAUAAAUGUAUACAAUCAAACUGUUUGAGGAUUGCACCUAUAUAUUUUAUAAAACCUUAGUAAGAAAUCUCAGUUUUGGAAUGCAUGAGCGCUCGUAAACGUGGGAGUUGAUUGAAAAACGUAAGAUAAAAUAGGUUUGUUGAUUGAUGAAAGGAUCGUUACUUAGAAUGAAUUAAAAUAUCGGACGGUGCGAGGCCAACAGCACACAAUACAUGCGAUUAAAUAUCGCGUCGUAACGGAUUCAUGAAAUGUCGUGACAUAAAAACGUAUACCCACCGUUCGAUACUAGAUUUUAAGAUGAAUGCCAAUACUUUAAAUAAAUCAAACUUAGGAUUUGAAAUAAUUAAUCAUAUAUCUAUUUAUAUUAAUAUAUUAAAUACGGAGAGAGGCGCAUAGUGCUUUUAUGAAUGUAGAUCCUAGUAAAAUUACAAAACGAUCUAGUCAUAUCUCCUUCUUUUUUUUACCAAUCGCUUAGCAUAGUUUAGCUACAAGCACCCUUAAUCUAUAGCAAACUUUACUUGUAUGUCUAACUUUCCUUUUAUUUUCUAGCUCUCUUUUGCUAAUAAAAAUGUCGAUUAUUCGCUGCCUCUAUAUUCGAAUAACGCUAAAUACUUACUUACCAGAAUGUUUUAAAUUAUUGUUGUUUAAGAAGAUAAAAAUUAUUUUUAAUAAGUUAUCCAGAAUAUUGUUUCGUGUACAUUUUGAAGUACUUAGUGUAGAGUAAGGUAAGUGAUGGUAUUGUAGUAAGUACCUAUUGUUAAAAAAACUAAACAGUUUCUGAGAAAAACAAAAUUUAAUGCUGACGGUCAAGUGCGUAUAUGAAAAGAGAAUUGAAGCGCCGUCCUUAUUCAUUUCUUACCAAAAACGAUACAAAUGAAAUUUGAAUCACAUAUAAUAUAACAAAAACAAUUCCAAUUUAGAUCAGACAUACAUACAUAUGUUUAAAAAAGCCGCGUAUUUUUAAAUUACGCGGCAUCUCAAAUGUUAAUUGCCACAUAACUACAGACAAUUUCAUUUUAUCGAUUGAAAACUGAUUACAAAAAAUAUAGUAAUUACAUGAACUGUAAAUAAACAUAAUAUAAUAUGUCAUCAUAUCUAAUUUAGGAGCUUACUAGCCUUUUGUCCCGAGUCUUCUCGGGCGGGUGACAGGGUGUCGCUGUUUAUAUUGUACUAAGGGAAAAAUCAUUAUCAGUAACCGUUUUUAGAAACCUAUGUAGAGAUACUUGACAUUUCGACAACUCAUUAGAUGUCUUACGGAGUACAAAGUAUAAGAUUAUUUUGUCAUCUUCCAAAUGAACUCAUUUCAACUGGGGCAUCUAAAACUUUUUACAAGUUAAUAAACAUCUAAAAGUUAUACAAGAGUCGUCUUCAUCUCAGAGAUAAUAUUCUCAAGUAAACGAUGUGUAAAUAUAGUAUUUAUAUGGACUUUUAAUUCUUCGUAUAUUACAACAUUUUAAUUCUCUAACAAAAUUAACAUUGGCGUGUAGUUUUUGUCCAUACAUUGUUCUGGAUAACUUAUAUUGUAAUAGAGUAGGCUGUAUACGAUUUGCUCUGCUUUGAAACUAUAACUAUAUUACAACAAACAAGUUAACAAAGUAAAUUUUAACAUCACUUUUAUACUUGAGAACGGUAUUGUUCUUGGGCAGUUCAAAAAGAUGAAGUACUUAUAAAGAGAACAAAUCGUAUAGUUAUAAAUGUAAAGAGAUACCUCAGUGGGUAUUGGUGAUACGCUUAACCAUCGUCCAUGAAGGCUAUGUAUCCUUGUAAUUGAGAACUGGAUAUUUCUGCCGUUUUAUUCCUUACAACUGAAUAGUUAGGCUAAAUUGUACACUGAAAUUGAAUCAUAGUAUUACACAUAGAUUUUUAAACGAAAUCCGAUUGAAAAGGGGGAAUUGUACGUCAGGAAUUGUCAGGAACCGAAUAAUAUUGUAUUUUAUUUUAAUUAAAUCAUGCUUAGAGAAUUGACCAUUAUUUUUGUAUGUUUAGAAACAUUUUCUUGCCUCAACUACAGUUGAAUGAAAACGUUUGUAAUUGUACAACAAAUGUGCUUAUUUUUCUAUUGUAAAAUUAUAAGUUCUUCAGGAUGCCUAUCGUCAAAAUAGUUUUAAAUAUUUUUGAGAGUACAAACAGUUAUGCAAUGUUGAUUUAUUGCUACAUUGAGUAGUUAAAUUAAAUUGGUGUACUUUAGCUAGUCGAUUGAUUGUUUAUGCGGGCACAGUACUUUAAUUGUAAUUCUGUACCAUCUAUAAGAAAAUACUUGUUUAAAUUUUUAGUGAGACCAUCAGUACUGUGCCUGUAAUAUGAAACAAAUUUUAAUCUAUUGAUGUAACUACAUUUAAUUAGAUUUUUAUAAUUUUAUUAUGUUUUAAUUUAAAAAUUAUUGUUAGCAGCUGUCAUACUGCACAAACAUAUAGGUAUUUAUAAUCUGUUUCGGUACGUCACUAUAAUAUUGUCUACGCUCGUUAUGUGACAUUUCAAACGUGUUGCCCUUUACAGGCAUCAUUUACGAUACCCACUUCAACGUUUAUGAAAAACUUUUUGGAGCCUCUUAAAACAGCAACACGUUUAAAUGGUUAUCAGACUGCACAACCUAACUAGAUAAUCUGUAAAUUAAUAUUACCUUUGAAGCAUUUGAUAGCUAGGCUAUUCGUAUAUCAUAAAUAUUGUUAUAUUUUGCCAAAGAUUGUAAAUUAAGAGAAAUAUGAUCACUUUUUGAAGCGUCGCUAGUUAAUGUUAAUUUUUAUUAUUAGAGAAAUCAUACUGUACCUACCUAGGCAAUUGAGUAUCGACUGCAUACGUCACUUUAUAUGAAACAAAUACAAUAACAAUUUGCCUACUUUGCAUGUUUAGUUGAUAAACCUAUUAUCGAGUUAUUUAAAUAUGUAUCAAGACAUAUUUCGAAACUAAAUAACUAAUCAAUUAUUUAUUAUUAUACAUUUAUUACGUUUAGUAUGCUAGAAAUAUGAGGAAGGAUAAUAAAUAAUUUUAAUUAUAUUA